AGCUGAGUUAAUAUUAGUCAAGUUACUUUUUUGGCUCUAGAAUGUCGGGGGAUAAAAUAGAAAGCUCCAUAGUUUCUUCUUCUGUUCAAUUAUCUAGUGCUGGUGUUUUUGAUGAUGUACCUAAUGGUGAGUGUGUAUCAAACUGUAGUGAAAAUUCACCAACAGUAAAAUUGACAACCAAGAGAAAUAACACAGACCACCCUUGUGAACUCCAUUCAACCUCUGAAAAUAAACCUUUUGCCAUCUCAAAGAGACAAAAACUCAUGCAUGAGUUAGAUUGUGCAGAAACUCCCUCAGAACCUAUAUCAGACUUGAUUCUUUGUGCAUCUAAAAGAAUAAGCAUGAGUGGCAUCAAUGCUACUAAUUUACUUCAUAAUCCAUUGUGUGAGAGGAAUAUUAGGCUAGAAAAUGAAAGCAACUCUUGCUCAAAAAUGAAUUAUGAAAAUAAAAAUUCAAGAGCAAGUGAUGACAAUGUCACAGAAAAACAAGUGCCCAAGGAACAUGCAAUGAUGAAUGAAAAUGGAAAAUCUUGUAUUAACAGCAACUCAAUCUUUGUUGAUAAUGUAAAUAACAAUGAAAAUGAUUCAAGCAAACUCACAGAUAUUUUGAAGAUUCAAAAUGAUCCAACAGCUCCAACAGUUUCUUUAUCAUCUGCCAUAUCAACAUUGGACAGUCAGUUAUCCCAACACAGCCCUGCCUCAACCACCCUGCACUACAUUGCUCGACUGCCAGAUGGCUGCCUAAAGCAGACGUUGGACGGUCUCGAGGAUGUGAGUGCAACUCCACCUCAUUAUCCUCAUCAUCCAACUCCUCUCCAUGUGCCCUCUUACUCUGGUGAUGAAGAUGAUGAUAAUUACCUUGACUCCUCAGAAGAUGAAGAUGCUGGGGGUGAGGGUCUUGGAAACAUUGACGAGGAAGAAAGCUGUGGAGAGGAUGACGGCAGCGUUGUGAGCACUGUCGGGUCUACCUGCUCCCUGCGCUCAGUGGCCAGUGAAGCAUUGGCUGCCAUUUGUCGAAAUGAGCAGGGCCAGGCCACCAACCUAGAUGGAUCACUGUUGUACAGUGCUGCACCAUCCCCUCAGCCUCUGCCAGCCUUCUCACCCUCACUAUUUUCUUACGUCCCUCCCGCCAUCCGCUUCUGCCAACACAAUGAAAUGUGUCGGCCUCUACCUGAGUGUGUGGGCAAGCUGCUCAAGUGGCGACACACUCCCAUCACUCCCCUGAUUAUACGCAAAACUGUUGCCAAUUCUGGAUACAAGAUGACCAAACGCACAUUGCUGUGGUCCGGCACCUGGGGCAAGCAUAUGAAGAGCACGUGCUACAAGUCCGUCAAAUCUUACCAGAAAGUCAACCAUUUCCCUGGCACUUUCCAGAUCGGCAGGAAAGAUAAACUCUGGAGCAACUUCCUGAGACUGCAGAACAGAUUUGGCAAAGAAGAAUUUGGCUUCAUUCCAAAGACGUUUGUUCUCCCUGCUGAGCUUUCAGCUCUAAAAACUGCCUUUGAUAAAGAAGGCGUCAAGAAGAAGUGGAUUGUGAAGCCUCCAGCGUCGGCGAGAGGCACCGGCAUACAAGUGGUAGAUAAAUGGUCGCAGCUGGACCAGGAGUCGCAGCUGGUGGUGCAGCGCUACGUAAGUCGUCCAUAUCUCAUCAACAACACCAAGUUUGACUUGAGAAUAUACGUGGCGGUCACGUCCUUCCAUCCACUCAGAAUAUACCUCUACAAUGACGGCUUGGUGCGCUUUGCUUCUGUUGAGUACCGCAACGAGUCGACGAGCUUGAGCGACCGCUUUAUGCACCUCACCAACUACAGCGUCAACAAGUCCAGCUCCUCCUACACACACAACGCUGAGGCGGGCGAGUGUCAGGGCCAUCGCUGGACGCUCUGGUCGCUCUGGGCAUACCUCAAGCCUCUGGGCAUAGACACGGGCGCCAUCUGGAGCCGUAUUGCCGACAUGGUCAUCAAGACAGUCAUGAGCGGCGAACACGACAUCAUUACGCGAGCCAGGAAAAACCUUCGCUCGAAGUAUUCAAGCUACGAGCUCUUUGGAUUUGAUGUUUUACUUGACGAGAAAUUGCGACCGUGGCUCCUGGAGGUGAACAUUUCUCCGUCACUGCACUCGGCCUUCUCGCUAGACUACAAAGUCAAGGGGCCUCUCAUGUCCUCACUGCUCACCAUGGCCUCCUUCCAUGUCCCUGACCACCGCUCCCUCACCCCUCAGAUGCAGCACGAGGUGCUGUCGGAAUACGGACUUUCGGAGCGGGUGAGCCGCCUUACGCUAGACCAUCGCCUGUACACUCGCCUGCUCACUGACGCCGAGCAGCGCAAGCACACUGAAAUUAACAACAUGACCAGACCUCAGUACCUCACCGCCGUGCUUGAGAACCUCACGCCUGAUGAUGUGCGACAUCUUGUUCUUGGAGAAGACGAGCUCAAUAGGGCUGGAGCGUUCACGUGCAUCUUCCCAACUUCUGAGACUCAUCAAUACUUUGGGUUCUUUGAGAAGCCUCGCUAUUACAACCGCCUGUGGGACGCGUGGGAGAACGCCUAUGGUUCAUGCCGGCAAAAGGGUACGAACAAUAUUCUGAGUCUGCUUUUGCUAUUGAUAAAGUUGCCACCCUCCAAUACCAGCAAUGCGAUCAGUCUGGUGAAAUUUUAAAAGUUUUGACGGUUU